CCCUGAAUUGGGACACAGCCUGAAACUGUUUUUUUACUGCGUCAGUGCAGUAAAAAUGAGAGGAGUGGCUCUGAUCUUGGUUACACAGAAUAGUUGCCGUAUUUCUGCAGACAUGGAGCUUCUAGCACUUCUGUUUCUGAGCUUCUGUUUCCUGACUUUGUCCGGACUGACCUUUGGUGCUGAAUUCGAGACACCUGUGGCCAGAGUGACUGUGCGAGAAGAUGAUGAUGUUAUUUUACCCUGUUCCCUCGACACCAAUGAGAACAUUGAGUCAAUGCUGUUUGACUGGGUUAAGGAAGUCCCUCGAAAGGAGGUGUUCAUGUAUCGUAAUCGCCAUCAUUACAAUAAUGGUCUGCCAGGUCAAGAUGUGGAGUUCAAAGGUCGAGUCUCACAUUUUCCAGAAGAGCUGAAGUACGGAAACGCCUCCAUAAGACUAAAACAAACUAGGGUGGAGGACAAUGGAACCUAUACCUGUAUAUUCCCAGACAUAAAGCCCAGUGAAAAAAUCUUCCGCAUUGAGCUUGUUGUUGGCGCAGCUCCAAAACCAUAUGUCACAAUACUUAAAGAAAAGGGGCUGCUGGAGUGUGAAGUUCCAGGUGCUUCUCCUAAACCUACAGUUGAGUGGUGGGACAGUGAUAACAAAACACUUCCUUCCAAGACGGUGCAGGAAGAAGAAGAACAAGGUCGCUUUCACGUCAUCGUCCAGACUACUGUGACUGAGCCUGGCUGUUAUCGCUGUGUAGCCACACAGAUGGAAAAGUGGCAUCGGAUUUCUUCAGAGAUCUGUGUGCAUCAUGAAAAGACGGAUCAACCACCCUCAGGGCUCCCCGUAUGGGCUGCUGCACUCAUCGGUGUUAUUGUUGGUGUUAUUGUUGGUGUUGUGGCUGGGCUUACAUUUAAAAAACACUGUGUGAAGAAAGGUUCACAAAGAAGAGAAAAUGGACAACUUGGUGUGGUGUAAAGUGCUCUUGAUUCUAAACAACCUUCAAAAGUGUGAAGUGGUGGUACUUUAAAUCUGUUUUUUUUCCCUUUGAUUCAUCUGAGAUUUUAAUCAGGACAGGAGAGCAAGUUGGUUUGUGUUAACUCUUCUUCGUCUUGGCUCAGGACAUUGCUCCUCCUGACUCCUUUCCCAUUUUCAGUACAGAUCUGAGCUGCAUUUGAAAGCUUUGCUAAUGACAUGAAGAUGUUUCAAGAAAUCCUCUUUUAAAUGCACCAAAGUACAAGGUUUUACUGUAGUUGCCUAACUUUAAGCUUAAAGUAAUCAAAACUUGCUUCCAAACAUGACUUUAACAGUAAUUAUACUGUCUUACUCAGAUAUUGUUAGAAUAACACAUUUUGACUUUUGUCAAAAUGACAAAAUGACUUCAUGUCAUUGUGAUAUGUGUUCUUACAUAAAAGUGUGCAGCUCUAUAAAUAAUUUGCUGACCAAAUUUUCUCUGACAUUUCUUGAUGCAUGCUGACCUCCCAGCCCAUUGUUCCUUCAGUGGGCUGGUUUCAGUCAUUAUGCAAAUGUACUGUUUAUAAGAUUGGGGAAACCUGCAGUCAGCUGAGACUGAAGAAGUCACUUGGAUGAGUGACGAAAUGUUUCUCCCACAAAACGCUACGUCCAGAUGAACAGAAUCAACUUUUGGAGGUUUCUCUGACAUUCAUGUUAUUAAUAGGGACAGUGAUGGUUUGUUUUCAUCAUAACAGAUUAAGAUAAUUGUAGCUCUAACAAAAAUUGAUAAAUAAUAAGAAAUGCAAAAUUUAAUUUACCUAAGAUAAAAGGGACCCUUAAUGUUAAGACUUGAGAAGUUAAAAUAUCAGGUUUUGUCAGUCGAAAGCUGUCAUACAGAUGGUGAAGAAUCUAAACUUCUUGACUCAUAUUUAACUCAGGUUAGUUAAACAUGUGUACUCAUGUUGGAAUACUUGAUUAAACUGAACCCUCAGCACUUCUCUUGUAAAUCAAUGUGAGUAUUUUGCAGGGGCAGGGAUAGUUCAGUAGGUAGAGUGGUGGCCCCAUGAUCGGAAGGUCGUGGAUUCAAAUCCACUGUGCGGCUACCGUGUGGUAUCCCUGAGCAAGGUACCGUCCCUACACACUGCUCCCCCGGCGCCCAGUGGCUGCCCACUGCUUCACUGAGUGGAUGGGUAAAAUGCAGGGAGGAAUUUCCCCACAGGGAACAAUUAAGUAUACAUUAUUGUCAUUAUUAUUAUAUAAAAAUAUUUCUGUUUGCCAAGCAGGCCUGUCAGGUACACUUGUGCUGUAGUAUGUAGUUGUUGGCUCCGUUGAUUUUUAUUUAUUUUUUUAUUUACAAGUUAUAUUUAUGCUGUUAAUUGUUGGCAGAUUUUUUUAUAUUCGUGCCAUUUCAGAGAGCCCUUAAGGGUGCACAAGUCUGAAUAAGAGAUGAAACAACAAACUUCUGUGUUUACUAUUUUGUUUUUGGUGUAUGUGUUUCUUUAAAGAUUCAUAAAGAGAGGAAAUGUAUUACUGUCUUAGUCAAAUUUCAAAAUAAUUCUUAUUUUGAAGCAGCUGUGCUUUGAUAAAAGACAUUUUGAGGCCAGGAAACCAUUUUAAUAAAACAUAUAAACCCAGGACUCUUAUCCUCUAUUGACUGAUUUUAUCCACAAAAUAAUAUCUGGUAUAUGUAGUGCCUCUACUCAGGACAGUACAAUAUCAGUUUCAAUAGAGAUCCUAGACAUCUAGGUGGUUUUGAUUUAGAGAUUUACAAAAGGGGUUGUCUCGGAAGUGAACAACUGGGAUCUUUAUUGCCUCCUUACAAAUCAUCAACAACAUAUACAGUCACAGUCAACAAGUUUGCAUACAAAUACUGCUUUGUUUGGUGGAGGGUCAAUAGAUAUAAAACAAAACAAAAUAAGAAAUUGACAUGAAAACAGUUGCAUUGAAUUGU